AUGCGUUCCGACGGCCUCCCUCGCCUCCCAUAUGUUUUCCCGCCAGUGGCUUCGAAACCGUUCGUCCCAGAGGUUCUUGACGAAGAGCGUUUUGAACAGUUCAAACUGGGGAAAAACUAUCCUGCUAAUAUUGGCGAUGUGCUAAGUUUCCGGUACCAAGUUGUUGGUAAACUUGGUUUUGGGACUACCUCCACUGUGUGGCUCGCCCGUGAUCUUGAAAGAGGUCACAAAUACGUGACACUCAAGAUCUACACCCGUGGCGAAGAGAAUGAGGAAGAGUUCCAGAUCUACAAGCAACUACGCCAAGGUAGUUCGUGGCACCAUGGCCAUGGUCAUGCGAGGAAAGUCCUCGAUCUCUUCAAAAUCUCCACUUCGAGUGGUGAUCAUCCAUGUCUCGUUCAGAACCCGACGUGGGAGAGCUUUAAAGACCUUCUUUAUCGUAACCCCAAUCAUCGAUAUACCAAAGAUCUCCUAAAAUCUGGGUUCAUGCAAAUAUUUCUUGCACUUGACUACAUACACACCGAGUGCAAUAUUGUCCACACAGACAUCAAAAGCGACAACAUUCUACAAAACAUAGAAGACAGGUCCAUCCUUGAAGGUUUUACCGAAGCUGAGUUGAGAAGUCCUUCACCCCGGAAGAUCGUGAACGGUUUGCCGGUAUAUGCCUCACGACGCUUUGACCUACCAAAGGUAUUUGGUCGGGCAGUUUUGAGCGACUUUGGCUCUGCAGUACGAGAAGACGUCUGGGAUUUGUUUGAAGGAAGACACCUUUUCCAUGGAAAUGAUCCUGAUGGCGAAGGGUAUUCGACCCGGGCGCAUCUUGCAGAAGCUAUCGGGAUUAUCGGGCCACCUCCAGUGGAUGUGCUCCAGCGUGGAAAGCGAAGCCAUGAAUUCUUCACUUUCGAUGGGAAAUGGAAGGAAGACAUACCAAUCCCCACAGGGGUCAGUUUGGAGCUGUCUGAAGAGAUGCUUCAGGGAACGAACAAGGAGAUGUUCAUUUCCUUCAUGAGAGGGAUGCUUCAGUGGCGUCCUGAAGACAAAAAGACCGCAAAAGAUUUACUCCAGGAUCCGUGGCUAAAUUCCUAG